CGACGCUCGCCGGUUCGGUUCGAUUCCGAUUCCGAUCCGAUACAACGUUCCCUCUAAGUGAACGAGUUGAAAUUGAAAAGCAGCCACAGCCAAAGAGAAGCGGCAUAAAAAAAUGUCGGAGUCGGAGACCAUCUGUCACAAGUGCAAUGAAGUCAUCCACCAGCGCAUCAUUACGGCUCUGGGGAAGACCUGGCAUCCGGAGCACUUUGCCUGCAAGGAUUGCCAGCGUCCCAUUACCGAGUCCACCUUCAAUAUUCAAAAUGAUGAGCCGGUCUGCACCGAUUGUUUCGUAAAGAAUUACUCAGGAACCUGCUUUGGUUGCAAGAAGCCCAUUCUGGAGCGCACCAUCAAGGCCAUGGAGAAGUCCUGGCACGAGGAGUGCUUCGUCUGCAAUGGUCCCUGCAAGAAGCCACUGGUGGGCACCUCCUUUUAUGAGCGUGAUGGACAUCCCUACUGCCGCGUGGACUUUGAGCAACUCUUUGCCGCCCGCUGUGCCGGCUGCAGUCAGCCAAUUACGGAGAAUGCCAUUGUGGCCCUCAAUGCCAAGUGGCAUCGUGAAUGCUUCAAGUGCAAGAAAUGCGCCACUCCCAUUACGGCCAGCACCUUUGCCGUGGAGGAGAACAAGCCGAUGUGCACAUCCUGCGCCGAAUAGGGGUUGACCUACGACCCAACCCCCGUUCGCAUCGAUAUCUAAAUGUAUAUUUUAUCUAUUAUUAUGGUAUUUGUAGUAAUCAUAAUUUGUUGAGCAAUACGCGAGAGUAGGACGCAAAAACAGAACGGCACACAGACGGACUCAAGGUCUCGUAGAUUUUCCCCAGCCCACAGUCCACUCAAAAAAGCUUUAAAUGAAAGGAAAAUUCUAAAAGAAAAAAUCUUGGAGAGAGAAUGAAGAAAAUUCGGAUGGACAUGGAACAUGGAAAAUGCAUUCACAUGCGAUGGAGCUGAACGGCAAGGGGGGAUUGGAUGUUGUUAAUGCUUAAAUUAAUUGUAUUUCUACUUAGCCGAUAUGCACUAUGCAUUUUGCUGUCUCACCCAAUCUUUCUCCCACACCUCUUCCCCCCAACCCCAGCAACAUAUCUGUCUCUCUCCCGAUUCUCCAAUUCUCGAUUCUCUAUUCUCGAUACGCGACUUUUGACCUCGUUCUGCACAAAGUAUCUGAUAAUUGAAAUAUAUAAAUACAAGUAAUCCCUUGAA